UAUUCGUUCUUUGUGUAUAGAUCAUAUCGAAACGGUGGUACAAAUUCAAAAACCCUAUUUUCUUGAAUCCCAUUUCUUGAAUUACUCAAAUAUUGCUCUCGUUUUUCUUCAUUUGAAUGGUUAUGAGAUUUUUGUUGAUAGGAAGAGAGUGUUUCUUUGUUGGAGAAAUUCAGGAUUCAAUUUUUUAUGGAGGAACCAAUGGGAAGAAGGUAUGGAAUAGGUUACGCUUUGGCUCCCAAGAAACAAGCCAGUUUCGUUCAGGUUUCUCUCAUAAAUCUUGCUAAAGAGAGAGGUAUCGAUCUCAUCAAGAUCGACCUCGAAAAGCCCUUAAUCGAUCAGGGCCCUUUUGAUUGCAUUCUUCACAAAAUUUACAGUCCCAGUUGGAAACAACAGUUAUCCGACUAUGCGGUAAAGAAUCCUAAUGUCCCUAUUAUUGAUUCCCCCAAUGCCAUUGAGAGGCUGCACAACAGAAUUUCCAUGCUUGAGGUGGUGACCGAGAUAAAUGUUGACUGUGAGACAGGGUCCUUUGGGAUUCCAAAGCAGAUUGUAAUUUAUGAUGCGAAAGCUGCGAAGGAAUUGAAUCUUGAGGCCCAGGGCUUGAAGUUUCCAUUGAUAGUGAAGCCCUUGGUGGCGGAUGGUAGCGCAAAGUCGCACAAGAUGUCCUUAGUUUUUAACAAGGUUGGGUUGAGUGAACUGAAGCCGCCGGUUGUCUUACAGGAGUUUGUGAACCAUGGGGGCGUGAUCUUUAAGGUGUAUGUUGUGGGGGAGUACGUCAAGUGUGUAAAGAGAAAGUCUCUACCAGAUGUGAAUGAGGAGAAUUUGGGAAAUUCUGAGGGGUCACUGUCGUUCUCACAAGUCUCGAAUUUGAAUAGUGUGGAGAGGGCUGAUGACAAGUAUUAUUCGAUGAUGGACUUGGAAGAUGAAAAGACAGAGUUGCCUCCGAUGAGCUUCUUGGUGAAUAUUGCUAGUGGGUUGAGGGCUGCAAUGGGGUUGCAUUUGUUUAACUUUGACUUGAUUAGGGAUUCACUGAUUGGGAAUAGGUACCUUGUGAUAGACAUUAACUAUUUUCCUGGCUAUGCGAAGAUGCCCUGCUACGAGCGCGUUUUGACAGAUUUUUUCUGGGAUAUUUUGAACAAUAAUGAUGAUCUGAAUUUGGAAAGUUUAAAUAUGGGUACUUGCCAGAUGGAAGUUAGAAAGUUGGUUAGUAAUAGUGACUGUAACGAGGAUGAUGAAGCAACAGAUCUUCCUGUAUCUCCAAUAAAGCGGGAAGAAAAAGAGAACGCCUGUUGAAGGGAUACAGUGUCACGUGGCUAGUGGAGGGCUUGUUGGCUGACACAUUGUUCGAUGGAAUUUUCUUUCUGUCGGUUGAUGGCCUUGACGCGAGCCAUAUAUCACUUCGUUUAGAUGGUAGAGUUAGUACAGUGGUUAAUAAUUAGGUUUCUUUGCUUUGGUUCUGCUGCAAUGGGCAUUAAUGGAGUGCUCUGUGUUGAUCAUGUACAUUCAAGUUGUUGCGUUGAGGAUAGGUACUUUUCAAUGGAGAUUAUAGGUAUUUCUCAAAUACUAUGAAGUCUUUAGGAAUGUUAAGUUUUACUUCAAGGAAAAUGUAUUUCCUGGCUUAGUAAACCUUUCUGAUGUUUGGCUUCAGCUACUUCAAACAAUGAAUUGUGCCUUUCUGUCGA